AUCGGAUUGACACCGGUUACCGAAGUCGUGACUCAGUGCUAGGCCCGGUACAUGAAUCUGUUUAAAGCGAGCUGGUGUAUAUCCCGGACAAGUGACUGUAGUGUACCGCAGGUAGCUGAAUUGGCCCAUCCCUGUACAUGUCUAUUAGCCGAUUGGGGGUACUAUUCACGACUAGAGCAGUGGAUGAAUCAGCCAGCUUGGUCGCAGUUCUGAAUCACGGCUCGGCGGAGAACGGAUAUCAGGGAGUGGCCAGUGAGGGCGGGGAAAAAAGACGUAGUUUUACCACAAAACCACACAGACAGCUGAAUUUCAAGGGGGAGGAAUUCUCUUCAGGAGUUCCAUCUUGGGAAUGGCCAUAUAAAUACAUGUGGUGAACAAGCUCUCAGUGAUUUUGUUGCGAUCUAUAAUUUCUUAUUGUGUGUUUUAUUAAGUGAUCCAUGCUUCUACCAUAGCAACUUGGAUUACUCCAGUUUUGGCUGCAAAACAUGUCUGGAUAAAAAGUUAUCCAGGAGUGUUUGUGAUUGCAAGAGUUUCAGUGGGUCGUUGUACGUUUUUACCGACGCAGUUAUGGAUGAGGAACUACAUCGUCGUGACAUUGUGGGCGUUCAGGACUUUGUACUCUUGGAGGAUUUCAAAAGCCCUGAAGCAUUUCUGUCAAACUUGGCUAAAAGAUUCCAGGCAAAUUUAAUCUACACAUACAUUGGCCCUGUUUUGGUAUCGAUCAAUCCUUACAAAACCUUGGACAUUUACAAUGACGAGGUCAUAAAAACAUACCGGAAUGUCAAUUUCUACGAACUUCCACCCCACAUAUUUGCCAUCGCCGAUGCGGCUUACCGUUCCAUGAGGGGAGAGAACCGUGAUCAGUGCGUGCUAAUAUCUGGCGAGUCAGGCGCGGGGAAGACAGAGGCCUCGAAGAAGAUUCUCCAGUAUGUGGCAGCCACCAGUACACAUUCCUCAGACGUGGAGAGGGUCAAGGACAGGCUGCUGCAGUCAAACCCUAUCCUUGAGGCAUUUGGCAAUGCUAAGACAAACCGCAAUGACAACUCCAGCAGAUUUGGCAAAUACAUGGACAUUCAGUUUAAUUUCAAGGGAGCACCAGUAGGAGGUCACAUCCUAAACUAUUUGCUGGAGAAGUCAAGGGUGGUUCACCAGGCAACUGGAGAACGAAACUUUCAUAUCUUCUACCAACUGGUGAGGAGUGGAGAUCAAGGGAGACUAUCCAAGUACAGCCUGACUGGAAGCCCAAAUGAUCACUUCUAUCUCAACCAGGGAGAAAGUGUAGAAGUGGAGUCUAUUGAUGAUCGCAAAGAUUUCCAGACAGUGAAAAAUGCCCUAGACAUAUGUGACUUCUCAGAAAGCCAUCAAGAUGCCUUAUUUUCCAUUGUUGCCUCAGUGAUUCAUCUUGGAGAUUUAGAGUUUCAGGAAGAUUCAGGAGUUGCCAUGGUUACAGAUAAAGAGAAAGUCAAUACAAUUGCUGGGUUAUUGGGUUGUGAAGAAGAGGUGUUACUGUCAGCUUUACAUCACAGGACAAUAGAGGCCAAAGGAGAAAAGGUGAAAUCACCACUCAACGUAGACCAGUGUCUGUAUGCGAGAGACGCUCUGGCGAAAGGUGUCUACGAUCGUCUCUUCACAUGGAUGGUACAGCGGAUCAACAUUUCUCUACAACAGCGGGGGAAGCUGAAGUGCAACCUGAUGGGUCUACUGGACAUUUAUGGUUUUGAGAUUUUCCAGUACAACAGCUUUGAACAGUUCUGUAUCAACUACUGCAAUGAGAAACUUCAGCAGCUGUUCAUAGAACUGACCCUUAAAUCUGAACAGGAGGAAUACCAAAGGGAGGGCAUAGAGUGGGAGCCAGUACAGUACUUCAACAAUAAGAUCAUCUGUGACUUGGUAGAAGCUAAACCGGUGGGGAUCAUAGCUAUACUGGAUGAGGAAUGUCUACGACCAGGAGAGCCAUCAGACCAGACGUUCCUUGACAAGCUCACGCAGACAAUUGGUUCACAUCCCCAUUAUGUCAGUCAUGUGACAGCAGAUUCCGCAACGCGCAAAACCAUUUCACGAGAUCAAUUUCGUCUGAAACAUUAUGCUGGAGACGUCACAUACAACAUCAAAGGCUUUCUUGACAAAAACAACAACUUACUAUUUCGGGAUCUCAAAGCAGCAAUGAGCGCGACAACCAACAUCAUCACAUCACAGUGUUUCCCUAAAGAUGAACUCCUCAGCAAGAAGAGACCUGAAACAGCUGCCGCCCAGUUUAAGACAAGCCUUGCACAGCUCAUGGAGAUACUGAUGUCGAAAGAGCCAGCCUAUGUCAGGUGUAUCAAACCCAAUGACUUCAAGCGGCCAGCCAUAUUUGAUGAGAAGAUUGUGAACCACCAGGUCAAAUACCUGGGGCUGAUGGAGAACCUGAGGGUCAGGAGGGCGGGCUUCGCUUACCGCAGACCUUACGAAGUCUUCUUCAAAAGGUACAAAUCUCUCUGCCCGGCCACCUGGCCUAAUUACCCUGGCCCAGAGAAGGAAGGUGUCCAGUUACUGGUGAAUCACUUACAGUAUCAGGACGAUGACUACAGGAUGGGCAAAACGAAACUCUUCAUUCGUUUCCCACGUGUGCUGUUUGCCACUGAGGAUGCAUUCCAAGCCCGGAAACAUGGCUUAGCAACAACAAUCCAAGCCAAAUACCGAUGUUUCCACCAAAGGAAGGUCUAUUUGAAGAUGAGAGUAUCUGCCAUAAUGGUGCAGUGUUACUGGAGGAGAUACGCAGCCAUCAAAGAGAGAGAACGGAGAAAACGGGCAGUUGAGAUUAUCAGAAAGUUCAUCAAAGGAUUCAUGUACAGGAAGAAGCCUGAGUGCGAUGAAAACAGAGAGUUCAUCAGGUACACUAAGAUUAACUACCUGGAACGUGUCAAGAAGGAAGCUCCCAAAACUGUCCUUGACAAGAAAUGGCCGGCACCUCCAGAGCUCCUCAUGGAGACAUCGGAUCUUCUCCAGAAACUUGCGAUGAGGAACUUGAUGCUGAAAUACGUCAAAACAAUCUCCCCCAGUCGCAAAUUACAGCUUCAACAGAAAGUCGUAGCAGAAAACAUUUUCAAAGGGAAGAAAGAAUCCUACCCGUACAGUGUCAAGGACCAGUUUGUGGAUAACAGAUUGGCUGCCCACCACGAGUCUCUGAGGACAAGUGUCUUUGAAGCCACAAUAAAACAGGCAGAUGAAAAAGUUCUGUACUGCACAGGUGUAACCAAGUUUGAUCGCCAUGGUUACAAGCCCAGAAACCGGGUGAUGAUUGUGACCGAUAAAACUAUCUACGUUCUCAACGACAAGGAUUUUAAAACCAAAGACAAAAUUCCUUACGCUCUUGUAAAAGGCAUAGUGCUGAGUUCAUUGACAGAUGGAAUAUUCGUGAUCAUCGUGUCAACGGCAGAAAACGGAUCCAAGGGUGACCUCAUUCUCCAGUCUGACUACGUGGUAGAGGCUGUCACAAAGAUCGCCAUGGCUGGCAACAUCAGCAGUAUGAUCAAGAUUUCCAAUAACGGAAACAUAAAUCAUGACAUGAUGAGUGGCAAACAGGGGAUCAUUGAGUUUUCAAAGGGUAACAUGUAUAGUGUCAAGAAAGGCAAGAACGGACAACUCUGUGUGAUUGCCCCACCCUUGUGAAAUUCACCAGAUGAAAAACUGGUGACAUGUGAUUAGAAGAUGUGGUAACGGUUUCUGACUGGACAGGAAUUUGACCAAGCCCCAAGUUGUUUAAUACACUGUGCUAUGUGAUAUUGAAUAUCUGCAUCAUGCUCUUAUGUUUUUAGUUUAAUAACUCCUUGACAAUGUUUAUAAAUCUCUCAUAGAUCUCUUGAUGUGCUCUCUGUUUAGAAGUGUUUGUUUAAAAAGGCAUAUUAUAUGAAUUUUUGUUCUGUAAAUAAGUGUAAAGAUCGAUGUCAAGUAAGAUUGUUUUUGAAACAGAUGUUGAAAUAAAACUUUCUGUAUAAGGGUCGUAGAUAAACAAUCCCCCCCCCCCUCAAAAAAUUCCAUCUGCCAUUGAUGGCAGGGUAUAAUACAUAUGUGAAAGUAUCAUGACCUUGAUAAAUUGAAGGUAAAGGUCAAGGUGAUGGGAACUACAAGGUCAUGUUAACAUUGAAAGGGUUAUUGUUAUUAUAAUGCCAUUCUUACAGAGUGAAGGUUUAUUCAGUUGAGGGUCAACAUUAUUCGCUUAAAGAUCCAUGUAAUUUAUGUCCGUAGAUCCCUUCAAAUAUUUUCAUAGUAAAGUAUAUCAAAGAUCUGUUUGUGUGCUUAAUCUCUGCAAGGUCACAUGACCACGUUCUCAGAUAUUUUGUAACAUUUUUACAUGUUUAUUGAGGUGCUUUCUAUCCAUUUGUAUUUUGCAAUAUUUAACUUAAUGUUUAAUAGAUUUUGUCUCCUUUUGUAUUUAUGACAUAUAUACAAACGCUUUGUUCUUGUUGAAGUGUGAGUCAGUAUCUUGCCAUGUGUUCAGAAGAUUGUCCCUUUUAAUCUCUGUCUGGUUAGUCAGUGAUUUGACACUAGAGUGCAGAGGGCAUACAUAGCUACAGCCCAUGACCAAGACAGGCAUACUGCUCUGGAUGUUGAUUUUAAGGGAGCUAGGAACUCAUUUGUAUAAAACUAUGGGUUAUAUCACGGAUGUUAUCACUAAGUUAUCUUCCCUUUAAUAAUAAUGGGCAACAUCCAGAUGGCGCUAUGUCUACCUUGGCCAUGGGCCAUGGGCCUUAACAGAGUGCUGUUCCACAUCAUGUGGAAGAAAUUAAGUUCUCAAGAGUUUUCUCCAGUCAGGUGUCUGCUCACCUGUGAACCUCUUAGAAACAGUUCAUGUUUCACUAAAUGCACAGAAAUAAGCAAAAUAAAAAAAAAAGCAUUUAAAAUUAGAGGCAUUGGAAAUGUAUUGAUUUUGAUUGAUAGGCAAUGUAAAAUGGAACAAAGACUUUAUUCAUUUAUGUUGUGGAGGUGUUUGAUUGUAUGUGCCAUUUGAGUCUAGCUACUGCUUGAAGUUUUGCUCAGUAGGGCAAACUGUAACUUAACAAAAUGUAUAGAGGCUAAAACCGAUGUGAUUUGAUGGACGGGUAGUUUGUAGGGUACGGGGAUGGAUGAAGAUUUUGCAUGUAUGCCUUGUUAUUCAAACAUGGAUUUUGACUGUCUCCUGGGUUAUUUCUUUUAACUCCAAGUCUUCUGAACUCUUUAAAUUGCAUACUUCAUUAUAUAUUAUGCAUCUAUCACCUUCAAAAUCUACGUUUAAAUGUCAACUGGAAAAUACAGGGCAUCAAAAAUGCUCUUGAAAAAACUUUUUGCAACUGUUGCAACUGUUCAGAAACUAUUUAUCAUAUUACAGAGCUCAUUGCAUACAUCCCAGCUGUCUGACCUAAUGUCAUCACAUGAAACAUCCUCUCAUAUGUGUUUAGAUCUUUCCCCUUUGAGGUUUUCAUCAUAUGGGUUUAGAUCUUUUCCCUUUGAGGUUUUCAUCAUAUGGGUUUAGAUCUUUCCCCUUUGAGGUUUUCACCAUGUGUGUUUAGAUCUUUCCUCUUUGAGUUUUUAGCCGUAUGUGUUUAGAUCUUUCCCUUUGACAUUUGGGGCUGAUGUGGUCAGAUACAGCUGCUUUGAUUUUUUCUCCUUUGUUGUUUUUUAGCCUUAUUGGCCUUAUGUGUUUAAAUGCAUCUUGUGUUUGUCCGUGUACUGGGGAUCUUUAUACAAAAAUUGUUUCCACAGUUAACAUAUUAACCUCUUGGUGCUUGAUUUGCUUACAUAAAUUGAACAUGCUCUUCUACAGUGAUAGUAAAUUUUUAUUUAUUCCAGACAAUGUACGCAAAAAUGCAUAUAUUUUCUUCCAAAAAUAAGAGUUCUUUCGAUUAUUAAUGGGAGGAUUUUGAUGGGAGACUAAUUUUGGGAAUAACUUUUUUGAUUUUUCUGAAGUUAUACAUCACUAAAUUGCAAUAUUAAACCCUUACAUGUAGGUCAUUUUCAUUUUGUUUUGUAUAUUUGAUUUUGUUGUUGAUGAUGUGAGUGUAACUGGUGUUGAACACCGUGAAAAUCGAGAAAAAAAAUUGCUUGAAUCUUCUUUGUUGUUAUAAGUACAGACUUAUGUAAUGUUGGAAAAGCAAAAUUUAUGUCGUUUCUGGAUUGUGUGUUAGAAAAAUACAAACCAUAAUCAAACUGCAAUAAAGUAGCAGUGGAGACAUCAUCGUUGUGAUCUGUUGCCUACAAUUUAAACAUUUCAAAAAGCGGAAUCUAUAGAUUUUUGCUGUAAUGUACUAUCAAUAUCACAACUAUAUAUAGGUCUACUUGUGUUUGGACGAGUGUUUUUUUUUAUUCUCAUACGUCUACAUCGACUUCAUUCUCACUUAAGCGCCUUUCUAAUUUCUUUCUAAUGGUUUCUAACCAUAAUUAAGUUACCCAUCAUUUCGUUGUGAAGACUAAAUUUUUUCUUCAAAAGAUCAUAAUAUUCAUUGUAUCGGAUUCAUGUGGAUUUAUAUAUCUAAUACAUUUUACACAUUAGUGAAAUAUAAGCAAUUUACCCUCAGAGCAUUCACUUAUGUUAUUUUUGAUUUUACAAAAACGUGGUUUGUGCCGUUUCCAUGACAACAUGUUUAUAUGAGCGUUUCUCGAGGCCAUAUUUGGUGGUGUUUCUUAAGUUCGGUACAAUAUUGAAAAUAUCUCGUAUUUUGUGAAUAAAGACCAUGUGCAAAA